AUGGAGAUAACAGCUCUGUGUGCAGUCGUAGUGGCUCUGAGAGUUCUACCAAACAGAUCCCAGUUCUUUCAGUAUGAGUCUGUCUCACUGAGAUGUGGAGAGCAGGGAAUCUGUUCUAACUGGCUGCUUAAGAGGAACACAUUAUACGAGACAAAUCAAGUGUGUUUUGAACCACAGAAAAGCACAUAUGAACCUGUCUGUGCCUUGGAUGCUCUUUACCCUUUAGACAGUGGAGUAUACUGGUGUGAGUCUGCAGCAGGAGAGUGCUGUGAGGCCGUAAACAUCACAGUGACCACUGGUCCUGUGAUCCUGGAGAGUCCUGCUCUUCCCGUCACGGAGGGAGACGAUGUGACUCUACGCUGCAUAAACAGAAUGACUUACUCCGCCAGUCUUAGUCCUGAUGAGCACGCAGCUUCCUCUUCCAAUCUCCCAGUUGAUUUCUACAAAGAUGGCCUCCUCAUCGGUAGCAGCUCUACAGGAAACAUGACCAUCCACAGUGUUAACAAGUCUAACGAAGGACUCUACAAGUGUAACAUCUCUGGAGUUGGACAGUCUCUGGACAGCUGGCUCUCUGUCAGAGUUCCAGACCCAGCAGUUCCUGAUGCCUCUCCAGUCCCCGAACCUUCUGUCCUCAGAGUUAUUUGUCAUGUAGUCGCUGGGACUCCACACCUACUGUCCACCAUCAUACUAGCCCUCAUUUACAGGGACAGGAGGAGAGCUGCUCGUGUUGUUUCAGAGGACCAAAGCCAUCAUGUCGUCAUGGAGAUGGAGUAG